GAGCCCAUCGCUUCACACGGUCCACAAGUCUCCCUCUAUAAAGAUUCUGAGAAGAAGAGAGAAAUCGAAGUUGCAAGAAGCAUGAAGAUCAUCAGGAGAGACUUAGUCGCCAACGGCCCCGGCAGCGUUAAGAUGGUGCCGGUCGAUUCUGAUGAUCUUUGGUAUGCUUAUAACCUAAUUGCUCCAGGAGACACAGUUUUGGCUGUUACUGUUAGGAAAGUCCUAAGAGAGGUGGCUUCGGGAGGAAGGGAUGCAGAACGUGUGAAGCUAAAGCUGGAAAUAAAAGUUGAGGUUGCGGACUAUGACAAAGUAGGGUCUGUUUUGCGUAUACGGGGAAAGAAUAUCCUAGAGAAUGAAUAUGUAAAGAUAGGGCAAUUCCAUACUUUAGAAAUUGAGCAGCAUCGCCCUUUUGUGUUAAGGAAGGUGGUUUGGGACUCAUUGGCUUUAGAUACACUCAAUCAGGCCUCUGAUCCUGCUGCAAGUGCUGAUUUAGCAGUGGUUUUGAUGCAAGAAGGAUUAGCACAUGUUAUCCUCAUUGGUAGAAGCCUUACAAUUACUCGCUCCCGGAUAGAAGCUUCAAUUCCUCGCAAACAUGGGCCUGCUAUUGCUGGUUAUGAGGCAGCUUUGAAUAAGUUUUUCGAGAAUGUUUUACAGGCUUUCCUGAAAUAUGUGGACUUCAAUGUUGUUCGCUGUGCUGUCAUUGCAAGUCCAGGUUUCACCAAGGAUCAAUUUCAUCGUCAUUUAUUGUUGGAGGCAGAACGAAGACAGCUGAGAUCUAUUAUUGAGAAUAAGUCACGCAUAAUUCUUGUGCAUACGUCCUCUGGAUACAAGCAUAGUUUAAAAGAGGUUUUGGAUGCACCAAAUGUGAUGAACAUGAUAAAGGAUACAAAAGCAGCACAAGAGGUCCAAGCUCUCAAAGAUUUUUUCAACAUGCUUUCAAAUGAUCCAGCUCGGGCAUGCUAUGGACCAAAGCAUGUUGAGGUUGCCCAUGAAAGAAUGGCUGUGCAGACGCUUCUUAUAACUGAUGAUCUCUUCAGGAGUGCUGAUAUUCCAACAAGGCAAAAAUAUGUGAAUUUUGUCAAUUCAGUCAAGGAUUCAGGGGGCACUGCUCAUAUAUUCUCAUCCAUGCAUGUGUCAGGAGAACAGCUGGCACAGCUGACUGGAAUUGCAGCAAUUCUCCGGUUCCCUCUGCCAGACCUGGAAGACAUCGAGAUGUGACUGGUCCGCCCAGUCCUCCCAAUCCUCGGCCCAUAAGAAAAUCAACUUGUUUGUGCAUCCUAAUUUAUCUGGAACCAUUUAUUGAACAAGUACCAUUAUAUCUAAAGCAGAAACAGAUGGCCGGAGCUUUUUUUGGUUGCGAAGUUUGUAUAAUAGUCGAGGCAAUUACUUGUUGUUUGUUUAAUCGUGGUGAUUGUGCAGUUAAUGAAAGUCUACAUUGUAAUAAUUUAUUCAUUAUUUUCCUAAAGUUGUUUCUCCUCUACAA